UUCCUUUUGUGAAAAAAAUUUGCAAAAACUAUGGGAAUAUAUGCCAAUCACUUUCACUAUGUCACAUCUUAUAAUCUCCAAACUUAACAAGCCAACGGAAGAAACCAGUACUAGCUUUUAUAUUGCACCACCUCCAAAUAAUCGAUGCACAAACAUCUCAACACCCAAAUUCUCUAUUCUACCAAGUGAUGGAUAACCAGGAUGAGUUUAUCAAUUAUCAAGAGGAGCUCCUGCCUCCGGCAAGGGUUGCCGGAGACUUGGUGGCCCCUAGAAUGGAUCAGGCGCCGUGGAGGAUCAACAUAAGGGACGUCCAAAUGGUGGAGAACUUUGUGGAUACUUCUUUAGGUUCUUGUGUGUCACAAAAAUGUACUGGUAAACAAAGCAGGAUUGCAAAAUAUUACAAGAAGCAAGGGCAACUCUUGAAGGAUUUUAGUGAUAUGGAGAAUAUUCAUGAAUUGGGUUGUUUAACUGGAGCUCCAACAGAGGAUGAACUGAGAGAUCUUGCAAAAAGUGAAAGAAUGGCGAUAAACAUUUCAAAUAUUGCAAACUUUUUUCUUUUUGCAUUGAAAGUUUAUGCAUCAAUUGAAAGCAAGUCCCUGGCAGUGAUUGCUUCCACAUUUGACUCCUUGUUGGAUCUGCUCUCUGGAUUUAUUCUCUGGUACACAUCAUAUUUCAUGAAGAAACCUAAUCAAUACAGAUAUCCUAUUGGAAAGAAGAGGAUGCAACCUCUGGGGAUUGUAGUUUUUGCUUCCAUAAUGGGUACACUUGGUUUGCAAAUAUUGUUGGUUUCAUGUCAGCAACUCAUCUCAAAGUCUCACCCAAAUUUAGCCGAUAAGAAUGAGAAUUGGAUGAUUGGUAUCAUGACUUCAGUCACAAUAGUGAAAUUUGUGCUUAUGAUAUACUGCCGAACAUUCAAGAAUGAGAUUGUGAAGGCAUAUGCUCAAGAUCACUUCUUCGAUGUAAUUACGAAUUCCAUCGGUCUGGCUACUGCAAUUCUCGCUGUUAGAUCAUAUUGGUGGAUCGAUCCUAUAGGUGCGAUUUUGAUUGCUCUAUACACAAUAGUCACAUGGUCCAAAGUUGUAAUGCAGAAUGUACACUCACUCAUUGGGAAAUCUGCACCUCCUGAUUAUUUAGCAAAGUUGACAUAUCUCAUAUGGAAUCAUCAUGAAGAGAUUAAACAUAUUGAUACAGUGAGAGCAUACACUUUUGGUUCAUUUUAUUUUGUGGAGGUUGAUAUAGUUUUGCCUGGAAAUAUGCAUUUGAGUCAAGCACAUGAUAUUGGUGAGACUUUACAAGAGAAGUUGGAGAAAUUGCCUGAAGUUGAGCGUGCAUUUGUACAUGUAGACUUUGAGUAUACUCAUAAGCCAGAACAUAAGAUUUAGAUGUAAUACUUUAUAAGUAAAGGUUUUCUUUGAAUAAUUUGUGAGAGGUAAUUUUAUGUUCUAGUUACUUGUCUUUUGUAAGAUUUGUGGUGAUAAAUUGUUGUGUAACAUUGAUCAAUUUGUAAUGUUUUUGCUUUUUGAGAUA